UUUAAACCGGCGAGUUCAUCAGACUACAAUCUUCUCCCGAAGCUCGGCUAGCGUUAUAUUCUCCUUUCACCUUGAGCUAGGAGGAACUCGCAGUUUGCACUUAAGUAUCUCGUUGACAACGCUGAGGAAAUGGAGGAUCAAAAUUCAGGAAACCAGCCUCCACCACAAAGUGGGCCCCCAAAUCCAAAGAAGAAUCCAAAGAGAAGGCAGCUGCAGCAUUCUGCUGAUAUAGUGUUUUCCAAAGGAUCUUCUAUCCAUACUGUUCCCUCGCUCAACAAAAUCUUGAAGGGCAUCACAGACUGUGUGAUCGGCCUUCAGUAUGUGUGGGAGUACCGCAGCCCCAGUAAAUCUGUCCCCCCACACUACCAGUGCAAACUGUGUGCCAUGGCCAGCUUGCAGCAUGACAUUGUUGACCAUGUGAAAGGCUGGAAACACUGCUAUAGAUACAUGAAAAAGACCCACCCUGACAAGAUUACGCAUGAGGAGGAAGAUGCCGUGAAAGACCCUGCUAUCAGAAAAUCCAUUAAAGAAGCUGCGGCGGAAGUUGAAAAGACUGAGGGGAGGGGACAAAUCAAGGUGAUCCUCAGGGAGCCCUUUGACAUUCCUGCUUUUAAAGGACUACGCUCUGCUAUUCCUAAAGCCGGUCCUUCACCAGCUCCAGGAAUGGGACAAAUGGGGCCACCCUUUGGUCCCAGGUUCUCUGAAUCAAGAUUCCCAGGGGAGUUUCAUCCUGAUUAUCCCGUAGAUGAAUUUGGGGAGUCCGGCUUUGGAGGCUACUCCUCCAGGGAAGACUUUUCUGACUCUGGUAUGGAUCGGGGAAAUUUCAUGGAUAAUAUGGGUCGUGGUUCAGGUGGUGGAAGAGACAGCUACAGAAGGAGUGGACUGCUGGAUGAACGUCCAAACAAAAUGUAUUCAGACGAGUACCAGGGCAACCGGAUGGGUAGCAGCUUGAUGGACAGACCAAUGGACAGGCCAGGAUUAAUGGGGGCAGCUCCAGAAUCUAGCAGCCUUCCCCAUACUUUGCUCACAUACCUGGAUACUUUCAGGAUAGAGAAUGAGAGCGAUGCCCAGCUGGUGCUGAAGGUGACGCAGAAACUAACAGAUGUGCUGAUGGAGUAUCGACUCAGGAGUGUAUCAGGGGGGCCCAACAGCUUAUCAAUGAGUUCCACAAACUUCUCCUCUUCACCCCCUAGAAUGCAAAGCAGUAGCAACCGAUUCUCAGGUGGCCUCUCAGGUCCAUCCCGGUACAAUGACGGUCCGCCCAGAUAUUACAAAUAAGAGAUGCAACAAGUCUGUCUUCUCAUCUUUCUGUCCUACAUGCACACGGGUCAUUGCUGUCCAGAUGUUGAUUUCAUGUACUUUUUAAAAAAUAUAUAUAUUUUCAUGCACUGGGUUUUCCAUCUUUUGCUGUCCUUGUUUUAAUUAUGUUUACUUCUUCAGAAUAUGGCAAGAUUUAUAACUUGGAAGGAUUUACAUGUCUUCUGUUGUAUCCAGCAACUUUACCUGAUCAUUUCAGUUUAAAUUUCACAGCUAUUAAAAGCUAUUAAUGGACAUAAA